AUGCAGCAACGACCGGUGGACCAUCCAACGCACUGGUUACCUCCGCCACCAACUCAGUACAAGGCCAACAGUGAUGGGGCGAUUUUUCUGGACACGGGCACAAUAGGCAUCGGAAUGCUGAUACAGGAUUCAGAGGGUAUGGUGAUUGCAGUGCUAUCAGAACGCAUUCCAUUACCAGCCACAGUGGAGGACGUGAAAGCUUUGGCUUGCAAGAAAGCUAUCUCUUUCGCCAUUAAACUCGGACUACAAGAUGUAGUUUUUGAGGUAGACUCCGAGAUCAUCUACAAGCAUCUAGUUUCGGACUCAAAGUGCAUGACAGCUUUCGGUCACAUCGUGGAGGACUCACACAGGCUAGCCACAAGUUUGAGAAGUGUGUCUUUCUCACAUGUUAGACGGAAAGGAAAUAAAGUAGUUGAUAAGCUUGCUAAGUUAGCAAAAUUCUUGUAUGAACCACAAAUUUGGCUAGAAGACAUCCAUAGUGAUGUGUCAAACUUUGUAAUUCUUGACAGAAGUUUUCUGUUUUCGUAA